AUGUUUGUUUGUAAUGUAAUAUAAUGAACAAUUAAUCAAUAUUAAUUCUGUUUGCAUGAACUCAUGACAAAUUCUAUUCAAAAAUACUAAUAAUCUUUAAUAAAAAGACAGUACAAUAUGUUCUGUGGGCAAUAUCCAUAAAUUGUGAUUACAAAAAAUACCACUUGAAAGGCUUCCAUUGUGCUUUUUGGUAAGAUAUCACAAGCCAUUCAUUCAUUCAUUCAUUUUCUGAACACGCUUUAUCCUCACUAGGGUCACGGGGGUCACUGGAUCCUAUCCCAGCUACUUAUAGGCAAAGGCGGGGUACACCCUGGACAUGUGGCCAGUAUAUCACGAGCCAUUUUUAGUAAAAUAAAGCAGUUUAUCUACUAUAAAUAUAUUACAGCAUACAAGCAGUUGGCAUUGUGUUGAGAAAGAAAGUUCCCCAGAGCGCUGAGCACUAUCUCAGUGUGGUGAUUUAAGCAUUAUUCACUUUUUCCAGAGGGUAAAUACUUGACUAAUGAGUUAAUUUGACAGAUUUCCCAGCUCUAGAUACUGGUAUCAGUUAGCAAUAUAGUCAAGACCCCCUAACCGAGGCAAUGUCAGAACUAGUUUAGACUUGUAACCAGUUUAUUUUGUUACCACAAUUACCACAGAGAGGUCUUAGUGUCGUCAUUCCAGUUUGGAAAGUUUGAGUGACUGUAUAGUGUGGUGUGUAGUGUUCAUGUCACGGCACAUGUUGAUGAAAGAUAACUUUAUUAGUUUACCAACUGUAUGUAGCCCACCUGUCUCAUCAUUCUUUAUCACUAGCAGAAAUGUAACUUGGGCACAACUGUUUUAGCAGCAUUCCUCAAUAUAUGCUGAAUAAAUUGGGUAGUGUGUGCAUCUAGCUACGUGGCAAAUACAGGAAAUGCAAUCAACAGAAACUACCACCCUAAAACACACAGUAUAUUCAUAGGUUUACUACUAUUCAAUAAAAAGGGAAGAGAUUUCUGAAAAGUUUUGAUAUAGUGGCAGGUUGUUAAUAUUAGACUCCAAGGCAGGAAUCAUUUACACAGACUUUUUUGUUAUAAUUCCUACGUGGUAAUAAAAGUUUAACUUGCAAGUGUGGCACGGCAGAACUUACUGUGUGUUUUCUUUUGGAUGCUGUGGUUUUUACUAGCAUCUAUACAAAGGUUUAUGUGACAACCAGACAACCACAGCUUCUUCUCCAAAGGUUUUUAACUGGGUCAGGUAAUUGGCAGGAUUUGAAGCAGAAACUUUUACAGCUUCUCAAAGCAAUGAUGUUAAAACAAAUAAAUAAGAUAAUACAUAGGCAGGUCAGUACUGUCUCUGUGGUUGUGUUCAUCAGUUUUUAAGGAAAAUUCAUGGCUUUGUCCAAGACGACAUGACUGAGUAAAAAUACAGUUGAUUCAGAAGAAAGACAGAAACCUUCAAAAGCAGAGGUCCUAAAACUAAGACUGGUCUGGGUUUUAAGUCUUGGUUUUAAAACUAAGAUGGAUUACAAGUAACAAUGGAAUGCUCAAGUCGUAUUGGUAAGAGGCAUGGCACAGACUCCAAUAAUGUUAUGGGCUGAUCUGUCUAUCGUAUGAGCCACAUUCUAUUUUUUAGUUCAAAGGUGCUCUGUUUUCACAUUAUAGUUUUGUUUUUGAGGAAGAAUUUGCAUUCCAAAGGGUAUUUCAAAUGAAAAGUGUCUGGGGACAUUGUUCAUCCGUUCACAAGGGAUGAAAAGCACUUUUCAGUGUUCGGGCUGUCACUUUAAGGGGGGCAUUUCAGACAAAUUGCCCAGUCCCCCGUGUCUUGCUCAGACAGCUCCAGUGUGUGUGUGUGUGAGGGUGAGAGAUCAGGGUAUGAGCUGGGAAUAAAAGCGAGCUUCGUGGAGACAGAGCCAGAAGUGUCCAGUUAUUAGCAUGCUGGUCUGGUCACUGUGGCCCUGCUGCCUUUCUGCUCUAACACAGUCACACUGUAGGCCUGCUGUUGGCCUGCUGCACCGACACCAUGCAGAAUCCUACUGGACAAAACUCAACAAAGAUGUGAACCGAACCAGGAGAUUAUGGAAAACAUCUGCGUUCAAAACAGAUGAAACAUUCGCUCUAAGCAACAGUAGGGGGGAAAUGAGCAGAAGCUUUUUAAAGCUUUGAAACACCACCUUUCUAACUCCUCAGCCUUGGAAACAGACUUGGCAGAUUUCCUCGCAUCUUUCCUAACUCGGACGUAUCCUGGCUACUACUGUGACUUGCUUACUGUCAAAAGAAGCAAACCUUUCUUGGAAACAAAACAAACACUUGAAACUUCCACCACCCUCACUCCUCAACAUUCCUGAUCAGUGCAGAAGGAUCCUUAUCCCUCCAGUAACACCAUCGGAUCAGAACCAGUCACAGCUUCACCUCUACUUCACUCCCAAGAUGCUGAACCUCAAUUCACCGGAUGACAACAGUAAUAGGAACUCACUCCAGGACCCUAUUUCAUUGAACGUUGGUGGGGAAAUUUACACCUCAACAUUGGGCACUUUAACACGGUGCCGUGACUCAAUGCUGGGCGCAAUGUUCACUGGACAGAUCCCUGUGCUCAGGGACGACCGAGGGAAUGUCUUCAUAGACCGCGAUGGCAGGUUGUUCAGAUACAUCCUGAACUACCUUCGCUCAAGCUCCUUGGACUUACCGUAUGGUUUUUCAGAACUCACACUGCUAAGGAGAGAGGCGGAUUUCUUCCAGAUACGCCCCCUGUUGGAGGAAAUUCACCGCUAUGAGCUGUCUGUGCCCCUCAGCCUCAGAGGGGGGCCAUUAGGGGCCAUGCUGAUGCUCAGUGUUGAUUCAAAGGUCCGCGUUCUCCACUUUAACUUGCGCCAUGGACCUGAAAACUAUGAGCUACGCACAUGCUCAGUGCAAGCCUUCACAGCCGACCUCUUUUGUACCUGGAGAGCAUUCUUAGUUCUUCUUUGCGAGCGCUUCUCCUACAGAACAUCCCAGGGCCUCACAAGUCCUCAUCUGUGCAACCCAAGACAAAACAGGCUGAAACUAGAGUGGGUGCCAAGGCCCGACGAGCUCCCGCAAGACCAAUACAACAAGCAGCACUACCGGGGUCUGAUGGUGUCCGACCCUGAAGUUACGCAGUCAGACGACAUCAUGAACAUGCACCGGAGCGGCUGUGAAAUCACUGACAUGCAGGGUUUUGUGGAGGAGCUGCUCAAGGUGUCUUUUGCUGAAGGAUUCAAAGUGGACCUGGUGGUUCCUGACCCUGCAGAAAUUCUUAACUGCACCUCGCUUCGGCUUGUUAAGUGCUGAAAUGUAAAAAAAAAAAAAAAAA